GACUGAGCCGCUGUCAGUCGGGCUCACUCACGCUGAACACCGUCCUCCUCUCCGGCUCCCUGUCUGCCGAGACCUCCGUCAUAUUGGCUGCUAGAGGCAGCUGCGACCACGGCAGGAGCGGAGACCCCCACCAUGGCGAGGAACGGGCUUUUGCGGCACUCAAAGAACAACUGAGCUCAUUUAUCAUUGGACUAGUGUUGAACCGAUUAAUGUGGGAAUAUUCGGGAUGGUACCUCCAAGUAUCCGCGAACCUCUAGUGCUUUCAUCCGACACCGUGGUCCGCAGAGGGGAUAUGUGCCUGACUUCUCUUAAUAGCCAUUUUCUGCAGACAAAGAGAGCUGUUGAAUAGGCUUCCACCAGGCACCCGGGUCCCAGGGGCUCCUGUUGAUGAAGAAAGUGGGCAACAUGUGGAGCAACCUGAAGAACAAAUGCCAGACGCUGUUCCACAACAACAGUUCAGGACUCAGUGAAACCAGGGUUGAGGCAGAUGCUGUCCACUGUGUGGUGGAUCUUGGCCAAGGAGGCAGCUCAGGUGAUGCACAUGCAUCAGGAGCCUCCAGCCCAACACGGAGCCUUCUACCAGUGCCAAUGGUAACAGCAGGGCGCCGCCAUCACAACUGUGUGUCAGACAUCCCGCAGAUAGUAGAGAUUAGUAUCGACAAGGACGCAGAGGAUGUGCGAGGUGGGUCGGGGGCUGUUCCCCACGCCAGGAGAGACUCCUAUUCCCGUCAUGCUCCAUGGGGGGGCAAGAAAAAACACUCAUGUUCCACCAAAACCCAGAGCUCUCUGGAAGCAGAUAGGCGGUCGGGGCGUUUACGGGGGAGUGGGAACCGUAGGGAAAGGCGUUAUGGAGUCAGCUCCCUCCAGGAGAUGAGUGACUCUGUGUCUGGAGGACGCAGUCUAAAUUCCCGGUCUUUGCGUCAACGGCUAAGUGAUACAGUGGGACUGUGCUUACCCUUACCUGCUCGUAGACGCUCUCGUUCAUCAAAGAACCCUGUCACCUCUAAACGUAAGAUUCACCUUACAGAGCUCAUGCUAGAGACGUGCCCCUUCCCACCAGGCUCAGACCUUGCUCACAAGUGGCACUUGAUCAAGCAACACACAGCACCGGUCAGCCCGCAUUCCUCCACUGCCCUGCUUGAUGCCUUUGACCCGGCCCAGACCUCUCCUGAAGAUGAAGAGGAACGUCUACGUGAGCGCCGCCGACUUAGCAUUGAGGAAGGUGUGGACCCACCACCUAAUGCACAGAUCCACACCCUGGAGGCCUCAGUGCCGGGCUCCUCUCUCUACAAACUGGGACCAAAGAUGGCUCCUGGCAUUGGAGAGGCCUCUGGGGAUGGCCGGGCCUCAGGGACUGGCAGCUCCUUGGGUGCUGGAUCAUCAGGGGCCUGUGGCCCAGUGCUGGGGGCUUCAGCAUCAGCUCAGGACUGUGACUCUGAGGAGGAUUCAACCACCCUCUGUCUGCAGGCCAGGAGGCCCAAGCAGAGGCAUGCCUCUGGGGAUGGUCACCUGAGCCGGCAGCAACCUGGGCCCUGGAAGGUUCACACCCAGAUAGACUACAUCCACUGUCUGGUGCCUGACCUAUUGCAGAUCACAGCUCUGCCCUGUUACUGGGGUGUGAUGGACCGCUAUGAGGCUGAGGCUCUGCUGGAUGGACGGCCAGAGGGCACCUUCCUGCUGCGUGACUCCGCCCAAGAGGACUACCUCUUCUCCGUUAGCUUCCGCCGUUACAACCGCUCACUGCACGCCCGCAUCGAGCAAUGGAACCACAACUUCAGCUUUGACGCUCAUGAUCCUUGUGUAUUCCACUCUUCCACCGUCACAGGACUGCUCGAGCACUACAAGGACCCCAGCGCCUGCAUGUUUUUUGAACCGCUGCUCACAGCACCUCUCCAUCGAACCUUCCCCUUUGGGCUGCAGCACCUGGCACGAGCUGCCAUCUGCCGCUGGACCACGUACGAUGGAAUAGGCUCUUUGCCGCUGCCCCCUGCCCUGCAGGACUUCCUCAAGGAGUAUCACUAUAAACAAAAAGUACGAGUACGCUGGCUGGAGAGGGAACCGCCACUCAAGGUCAAAUAGGGUGGGCUUCUCCAUCGCCUGUACACACACUGCAGCAGGAUCACAGAACUUGAGAAAUUCCUCACUAGUCAAUUAGAGGCUAUACUGAUGUCUGUUCUCUUUCUUGUGAGCGAUCGAAUUUAAUUGUAACAAGCUAUACAAGAUUCAUUCUAAUCUUUGUUUUAGUUAUUACUUACAUCACAGAAAAUACAUAUGAUUAUAUUCAGUAUAAUGCUGUCUGGCAAGCACAUGUUUUUGUGUUGAACAGGUUAUUUUGACAGGAAGGGAAAGCACAAAUAUCAGUGCUUUGUGUCUUUUCUCUCCGCUUGUGCUAAAUGUCUGCCUGAUCCCACAACAUCACCUUGUAGACCUGCCUGCAUGCCUCCCAUGUUCAUCCCAAAUUACUAUCUAGGCCUACAUGGCUACGUUGUACAGUUCACUUUGUGCUUUUUCUAUUUUUUCCUCCCUAUUUUAUUUCCUUAGCUUGUUAAAGCACCUAGUGGAGCACCUUCCCAGGAUGGUUUUAUGGUGUGUUAGGGUUCAGAGGGCAUCUGGAGGUGCUAUUGGUAAAUUGCAGUCAGAGCUUGUCCCAUGGAUAAAGCUACAUAAGGCACAUUCAUUGCCAUCUCUUUGCACGCAUGAGGAUCAGCUAAGCCAGAGACAGGAACAGAUUCUGAGGGGGUCCACAGAGUUCAGGACAGCACAUCAGGGAAAUGAAGUGCUUUCUAAGGAUAAUAGAUAAGUCCUUAGAAACUCUAGUUCCUUCUUAAACAAUAAAUCAGUCUGUGUCCUAUUUAGUGAAAUCAACUUUUUUCCAUACUUGUGCAGAAUUGCUUUGAAACUAGAUGGGCAGAUUGAGGAAAUACUAAAAUCUUGUUACAGACGUCAAUAGCGGCCCGUCAGUUCUUCCCUGGCCACAGGCUCUUCAACUCUCUGUGCACAUGUUCAUCCAGUCCCAAUUCAUCAUCACCUAUAUCGAUUCUCCCUGUAUAAAAGUUAGCUCCUAGUGUAACAUUUGAGCAGUCUGGUGUCUUUAUAGAAUUGCACUAAGACUUUAUAGGGUUUAGUUUCACACCUGUUUCGUUCAAUCUGCACUUUUUAAUGGCAUCUGGCUUUGCAGGGUUUGACCCUGUGUCCAAUUUGGUCAUUGUUCUUUUAUUUUCACCAUACUCUUGUAACCUUGGUGCAGCUAGCUAUGCACUAUUGUGAGGAAUACUAACAGGUGUUGAAGUUAUGGGUGCGUGUGACAAGUUGUAGGUGAGGACAAUCAAUACAAAUUCAAAAUGCCAGUGUCCCUUUAAACAUGACUGACUUUAAUCUGCUCAAACUACUUAAGUUUGACUCGGAGGGGGCUCCUCCAUGUGAAACCCCAUAUAAUAUAAUAUCAUAAAUGUGGAGGACAGAUGAUGUAAAAUGAUAGUUUCUUCUGAGAAUCUGCUUAUGGAGAUAGUAGAGCAAAACUCCCAUGAUCAGAUUGCUUCUUAUUUUACUUCCCUUCUGAAUUUAUAUUUAUUUUAUAAAACAAUGUUAAAUAUGUGGAGCUGUUUUUAUGAAGAGCACCGUGUCUCCAACAGGAAAGUGGUCAUGAGGGCUUUUCUUGGGAGUUGAUCCCCCCCCCACACACUUCACAACUUAUUACUAUGAGGUCUCAACCCCAACAAAUCCCCUUACUGCCUGGUUGCAUUUACAUUCAUGGCAUUGAGUGCAGGCCUCACUCAACUCUUGAGAGGUCAGCAUAUACUUGAGAGCUUUAGUUAUGUAAUCAGAAUGAUUUUAGUUUGUGCUUCUCGGGGAAAAAAAACACUGCUGGUCGUUUCAGCAUGAAAAGAAAACAAGUGUAACCUACGUGCCUUUUUUAGAAAACCAUUUGUCUCGUUCCAUAAUCAGUUGCUUUGUAGUCCAAACCUGGAGAGAUGGAUGCUCUCAAUUGACACUGAAAAGAAGAACAGUGCAAGGUGCAGGAGCUCAUAGCUCACUCACCUCUGAUGUUCAUUAAAAUCUGUGCAACAGACAAAAGAUUAGUGGUGCUAUGUUGGUUUAGACAUGACAGGUUAUAAAAAUAAGUUUUACAUUAGUUACAUCUCACUCACAGAUGCAUGCAUUAGUCGCCACAUUAUGGCUUGUGUGGUAAGUAGUAUUAGGUCGUUAGAGGGUCCAAUGUCAGCCCUACGGUAGCAAAUAUCUGUUAUAGAUAUCCAUGUUUGUCUGGUCCUCACAUGUGUAGGGUCUUAGCUGCAACUUGCCCAACAAAUCUCGAUGAGAGGGCGAGAAGGUAAAAUCUAUACUAUGAGCAUGUUAAUCAGAAUAAUUCAGCUUCUAAUGACAGUGCCCACGCUAGCCAUAAGCAGCAGUGUUUGUUUGACAUUAGUCAUCUCAGUGUUUCCCACAGAUUUAUUUCAAUUUUGCCGUUACAGGGGGUUCACAUGCAUGAAGGUCACUCUCUAACAGAUUCCAAGUGAAAGAUACAUGAAAUGAAGAGUGAAACAAAUUCUCGCGGGAGUGACAGAAUUGCAUUGAUGCCUUAACUGUAGCUAAAACUAUGAGGUCUGUGUCUGCAUGAACAGUAAAAACAUUAUGGACCGUAGUGCGAACACGGCGUAGCACAACCACAUGGAAGUGCGACAGCGUGAGUGAGCACACUGCAAAUAGUGCUGCACAUACCAAGUAAGAGAUCUCUUUUACUUUAUGGUGGGUCAAAUUAAAUAUGGGGGGCCGCUGCAGUCUAUAUAAUUAAUGGGAAACACUGGUUAAAAUUAACAAAUCACGUGCACAUGACUAUUGGAGAAUGAGAUGGGUGCAGAGAAGACAGCAGAUUCCCUAAAAUACAUCAAACUUAACUACAAAGCAUGUAAAUGAAACCCUGCAAGUAAUGCGUAAAACAAAAACAUUGAUUUUGAAACACACAAGCUGAUGAUCACUGGACAGGUUCAUCUGUAAAUGUUCUCAAACAAGUUAUUUUUUUCAGUCUGUAUGUGUGCUCAUGUCUAAUCAUUCCACACAUACUGUACAUUAAAGGUUAUUUACAUUCUCAUUAAUGAGGAAUUCAUGCUUCUGCGUCGAAGCUACGCCGUAGGUACGCACGUAGUCUGCAUACGUUGCCGAGCACUGAUAGUGGUGCGUUGGUGAAUGUGAGUCGUGUUGCAAUGAAUGAAGAAAAGAAAGAGGUUGUCCACAUUCGUUUCUUCAACUCGUGUCGUUGAAAAUACGAUGCUACCAAGCGGACCAAUAACAGCUCUUGCGGUACAUUUUUGGGGAGGUUUACAUCAGGGUACGGCGUCUGGGCUGUGUAGGGUACACGUCUACGCAUAUGCUAUGGCGUAGCUUUGAUGCAGAAGCAUGAAUUGGGAUUUAGACUGCUCUUCUUUGCAUCAACAUAUUUCUGCAAAUAACUGGCCAUGUCCACCUCCCAUCUACACCCUGAAACUCAAAAAUCAAUUUUCACAUAUUUAUAAGUGACUAGACAUAUUUGAUGCAGGUGGUUAAUGAGAUGUAGUUAAAAGGGUUAAUAUUUCUCAUCUGACUGACCUGAAAUACCUUCUACACUGCUUUUUGAAUUGAUCAACAUUACCUCCCUUAAAGCCUGGAACCUUUUCCACUGCCCUAAAAUUAGUCAGAAAUGUGUUGUAGAUUUAAUGUGUUUAUAAACUGACAAAAUUGCCCAUCAAAUUGUUCAGUAACCCAUAAUGACAAAUGAAAAUGUUUUUACAAAUAUUAGCCACUUUAUUAAAAAUCUAAAACUGAAAUAUUUCAUUUACUUUAGGUUUUUGUUGAAGUAUCCUGACAGCCUCUGAAUUAAGUUGAUAUGAGCUUUGUACACCCCUGGAUCUGGGCAGGUCAUCCCAAAAUCUCAAUAUCUGUCAGAUUAGAUUAGAAACGGUGAGCUGCAGCUUCACGUCUCUCAAAUGUUCUGUGGGGUUAAAGUCUGGGCCUCAAGGACAGUCAGAAAGCUUCAGAAACUUUCUCACUCAAAGCUGAACCAUCAUCGUUCUACCCAAAUGUUCUUUGACAAACUCGGUGCAGACUGUCAUAUGUCUUUGAUAUUAGUGGGGUACUGCUGAGAUGGUCGUCCUUCCACCAGAUUCUACCAGUGUUCCUGGUGCUCUGUUGGAGUGAUCUUUGAUUGACUAAUCUUACACUUCUUCCAUUUUACAAUUACCAAUGCUGCUGUGCUCCUGUGAACACACAAAGCACAGAAUUGGUUUUAUUUCCUUGUUACGAUCUAUGCGUCGCCACAAUUUUAUCUUGUAUGCAUAAGCGAAUGCCAUUUUAAACAAUGUGGAAUCAUUUCAUUUAGUCACAGAUGGACUCCAGUGAGGUUCUUGAGAAAUCUAAAACAGGAUGUACCUGACCACAGUUUGUAGUGCUAUAUUUCAGUAUUUUAAUAAAUUAAAAUUAAUUAAUUAAUUUUAUUUCAUUUGCAAAAAUUACUUAAGCACUGACUUUGUAAUUUGGGGUUUUUGAGUCUAGGUUGAUGUGCAAACAUUGUCAAUUUAAAAUACAAUCUUCAACACAACAAAGUGCAAAAUGUUAAGAGUUCUGAAUUAUUUUUAAGACCUCUGCAUCUGUUUUAAACCCCAUACAUCACACUAUCUUCCAUCUUGCUCUCUGCCACUUUCUUAUGCUGCGGCUUAGCAGUAGCAUUUAACUUGUGACUGUACCCCACCCGACCUGAAGACACUAAUCACAGGCUAACUUUUACCAAGUUGGGAUAUAAAUUGGGUGCUAUAAGCGCCACUCUGUUGCCUCACGGCUAUUGUAUGAUUAAUGCCAUUUUUUAUUGUGUCCUACUACUCUCCAUCUGGCCAUAUCCCUAACAUCACUGAAUAGAGGUGACUUUGGUUUAGAGAGAACUGAAGGCCUGUUUGUCCUGUCCUCUACUCUUUCUCCAACCCUGCUUGGGACUAUGUUAGGCUCAAGUUAAACUUCAGGAGCAAGAGGAGAGAUGGGGCUGGGUGACUGUUGUGGCAACAUGCUCACAGAGACAACGAGGGAUCUGUUGAAGUAAAUAGCACUUUAAUUGUGUAUUUGUGUUCUGCAGUGCAAUCUGCAAGUGUUGGGACAGUGACACGUUUUUUGUUAUUUUGGCUCUUUACUACAUGAGUUGGGCUUAAUGACUUGCAGCUUGAACUGUAAUCAUAUUGGGUGAACAUGGUAGAAAUUGUGCCAGUUUUUGUGUUUGGUCUUUAAAUGAAUACUGCCAAAGGCUAUAGCUGCUUUCAGACAUGCACUGAACUCAUGAUAAUCUGGACAUUUUGCGGAGAGGCUGAAUGCGUAAAUGCAAAUUCGAGAGAUUCCGGACUUACUCUUGAGUUUUUCUGGGCAGCCCCUUUGGAGAAUGUCCGAAUAAGCCCAUGUGAGAACACAGCAGGAGAUUUCACCACGAGCGAGUGUGUUGACGUUUCUAAUACACGACAGACACAAAACAAAAAGAAUACAAAUAUCUCAGUACGAAAAAGAGGUGCCAUACACGUAGAAGAUGAAGAUGUAAAGAGAGCUUUUGGCUGCCUGCUGCACCACCCACCCUCUGAACGCUCCUGAGAUUUCUCUGCUGUUGUAAAUGUGUCUGAGUGGAGAAACUCCUGCAGCAUUGUUCAUUUGUGCCCAUUUGGGCAAGAUACUCAACCCCAAAUUGGCCUGUGCCCUUCUCAUAGAAAAAGUGCUGCCCAUGGAUGCACUGUAUGAAUGUGAAUGGGUGAAUGGGAAAAAUACAAAAACCUGCACUCUAAAGCGCUUUGAGAGAUCAAGACUAGAAAAGUGCAUAAAAAUACAGGUCAUUCAUGUCUGAAAUAGCUAUACAAUGGUGAUGUUCAGGGAGACAUGUAACUGCAGCCAUUUUCAUUCUGCCUUGUUGACUUCAGUCAGGUUGUCAUCAAGUGGAACCUCCUCCGUGGCACUGAGGUUAACACUUGGCCAGCCAAGGACAUAACGUUUCCUUGGCUGCCUUGCUUAUAUGAUAAUGAUCCUUGUUAGUCUGCUUUAUCUUGAAAUUGCAUAAAAUCAUGUGUUCCCACUCUGCUCACCCAAAAUGGAUUUGAACAGUCUGAAAUGUGAGGGGAAGAAUCUGGGAGUUAGCACUUUAACCUCAUAGUCAUUGUUUCAUGACCAGUACGCUGCACUUCAAAACGACUCAAAGCGUCCCACUGUCCAAAUACUUGUAGCCGGCACUGAUCGUGUUUAGCUCAAGAUGGCGAGACUUGUGUUAGGAAAUAGCCGGCGGUCCUGAAAUAUUUCACGGAUGUUCAGGUGUUGAAAGCCGCAUCGAUGGAGGUGUGUUCUCUACCACGCUGCAGACUAUGCGCGUGUGUGUUACGUGGUAGUAUAUAAGUGAAUGGACAGAGCCACACAGAGGGUUCUGGUGGAGGGGAAUGUAGAGUUGCCCGUGAGGGGUGACGACAGUGACACCAAUGAACGCCUCUCUGACCCGUCCCCUUCACCCCCACCCUCACCCCUCUUAUUCUCAGGCAGGCGCGUCGCAAAGGAGAGUCCCAGGACCCUCUCAACCUAGUUUUCCCCAUGGGAAAUAAUCUGACGUUAAGCGUAGCACAUGUUUGCCAUAUAACCCAUAGAUUUUAGUAGAAGAAGAAGAAAAAACAUUGUAUGUAUGAUGAAUGAUAGAAUUGUGUAAUUGGAGCCUGAAGAAAAGAUGUUUUAUUCUUCUGUGGUGCAUCAGCUGUCUGUCACACACCAUGACACUUCUUCUAACACCUGCACUAAACACACACACACACACACACCCCACUACCCUACCCUAAGCCAGGGAUGUGUAUGGACCACAUUUAGCCAGCACCACCUUUCUGUGUGACCCCCCCCCCCUCAAUAAAGGGACAACAAAGAUGGGUGUUUAUGUGUAUAUUCUGUGUUGUUAUAAAAAAAACGAAAUGCCAUGAAUUGAACUAUUUUGACCUUACAUUGUCAUUAGCAUGACACUAUUUAGCUGCACUAAGAGGUCCUCGUUUGUUGCAAGAAACCACUGGGUCUGGUCCGGAUGAGGGACAGGCUGGUUAAUGUCGCGAGCAACAGCAACACCCCUGGAUGUAGGACCCCCACCCACCCACCCAUCCACCUCGGUACGACUCACGGUUUCAGCUCCUUGAGGACAAAAAACAAAAGAUAUUUUAAAGAUUUCUUUUCAUCUUCCCAUAUAUAUUUUAGAAAGCUGGGUUAAGUGCUAUAUGCAAACAGAAAAGAUGUAUGAAAGAAUUAUUUUCAUUAUUACUUCUCCCUAAUAUGCAAUGGAGUGUAGUGUAACAAUGGUUGCAAUCCUCUGUCACUUUAAUGCUGUAUGUGCACAUUGGUUGCUGUGUGGAUGUGGGUGCCGAGGCAACAGGACUUGACAAUGAUGGGAACUAAUGGUUGUCAGUCUGCAGCGCCGGCGUGUUCCCAGACUGCCUUAUUCGUUCUGACCAUUCACAAGAGCCCUGUUUGAAAACCGGGGGGUGCAGCCACUGCCACGGGCUGACCAAGCCGCAGUCAGAUGAAUAUCGCUGUUCCAUUUUCUUCUGCUUUUCCCUUGCUUUUUUUCUUCUUUUUUUUAAAAUCUUUUCUUUCUUUUUCUCUUCUUCUGCUGUCAGUUAGGAUUUGGAGCGUGUAAAUGGCAUAAUCAUGUUCACAUCUCACUGUCUGUUCUGUGUAUCUGCUUCACCAUUCAAUGAAAAAAAAAAACAGUUGUUUUCCAGUAUAACCUGUUCAUUUUUAAGAGCCGUAUGGUGCGACACUUGUAGCUGUCACUCUUGGUGCUUGGCUUAUGCUUCAUUGUCUUAAUAUUCCAAAUAAAACUGUUAAGUGUAAUCCACACUGGCCCAUGAUAUAGUA